AGCCCCCGCGCUGCUGCUGGGUGUCACCUUCCUGUGUUGCCUCGUGUGGGGUCGUGCGGGAGUCUGCCUGCUCCGUGGGUGCCGUGUAGGUGUAUGGGGAGGCUGUCAGCGCGUUCCUGUAACGUGUGGGUUGGGAGCCUGCUGGAGGUUCUGGUCGUCCUGUGAGGAGUGAUUCAGGCUUGACAAGCUGAAGGGAUGGGGACGUUUGUGCGUGUCGCUGCGUUCUGGUCCUGUCUCUUGGGCAGUUCUUCGGCAAUCCCAGGUGGAGCCUCACACUGAAAGGCACCAUGAUGGUGAUGACUGAUGUCACCGCAGCCCCCAGACUGGGGUCAGCCGCCACCACGCCAGCUGUGGCUCCCAACUUCUCCUGGUUGCCAGAGGAUGGCAGCCCCACAGCUGUGGAGCAACCGAUAUUCCUCAUGACCACCGCUGCUCAGGCCAUCUCAGGUUUCUUUGUAUGGACAGCUUUGCUCAUCACCUGCCAUCAGAUCUACAUGCACCUUCGCUGCUAUAGCUGCCCAAAUGAACAACGCUACAUCGUUCGGAUCCUUUUCAUUGUGCCCAUUUAUGCUUUUGACUCAUGGCUCAGUCUCCUGUUCUUCACCAAUGACCAAUACUAUGUUUACUUUGGCACAGUGCGGGACUGCUAUGAAGCCUUUGUAAUAUACAACUUUCUCAGCCUCUGCUAUGAGUACUUGGGAGGGGAGAGCUCCAUUAUGUCUGAGAUCAGAGGGAAACCAAUCGAGUCCAGCUGCGUAUAUGGGACUUGCUGCCUUUGGGGAAAGACCUAUUCAAUUGGAUUCCUGAGAUUCUGCAAACAGGCUACCCUGCAGUUCUGUGUGGUGAAGCCCCUCAUGGCGAUCAGCACAGUCAUCCUUCAGGCCUUUGACAAAUACCAGGAUGGUGACUUUGAUGUAACCAGCGGCUACCUCUACGUGACGAUCAUCUACAACAUCUCUGUCAGCCUGGCGCUGUAUGCCCUCUUCCUUUUCUACUUUGCCACACGUGAGCUUCUGAGUCCCUACAGCCCAGUCCUCAAGUUCUUCAUGGUGAAGUCUGUCAUCUUCCUCUCCUUCUGGCAAGGGAUGCUUUUGGCCAUCUUGGAAAAGUGUGGUGCCAUCCCCAAAAUCCACUCUGCCAACGUGUCUGUGGGUGAAGGCACGGUAGCUGCUGGAUAUCAGGACUUCAUCAUUUGUGUGGAGAUGUUCUUUGCAGCCAUUGCCUUGCGCCAUGCCUUCACAUACAAGGUGUAUGCGGACAAGAGACUUGAUGCACAAGCCGUUCCAUCAUAUGGGCCAUACGGUCGUUGUGCUCCCAUGAAGAGCAUCUCCAGCAGCCUCAAGGAGACCAUGAACCCCCAUGACAUCGUCCAAGAUGCGAUCCACAACUUCUCCCCAGCCUACCAGCAGUACACCCAGCAGUCAACGCUGGAGCACGGCCCGCCCUGGCGCAAUGGCAGUCACGUCAUCUCACGCUCCCACAGCUGCUCAGGUGCCCGUGACAACGAGAAGACCCUUUUGCUGAGCUCUGAUGAUGAGUUCUAGGAGGGAAAACUGCCAGCACAAGCUAUCAUUUUCCCUCCUUUGUUGCUUUUUAUUUCUUUUUUUAAUUUAUUGAAGCAGAAACGCGCAAGUCAUAUCACCUCUUAGUGCACAUUGCAGAAGUGGGCAUUUCCCAUUAGCGUUUGUGGGUACGGACGCAACGAGUGGAAUGGAAUUAGGGGAAUGGCCAAGACUUGCUUCUCAAGCCCAUUCCUUGCAGCAGCAAUUGACUGGAAUUAACUGAAGCAAAGCUCCACUGUCUGCUCUGCCUCCCACACCUGCUCAGCUUGAUGUGGCGUGUGACUGGCCAGAGCCUGGAAUCGUGGCCAGAAAUGUUUUGUUUUCAACUGGACGACCUGACUGCUUUGAAUUCCUCUUCCUGAAUGAUUGAUGUAGGCACAGCUUGUACCCCCAGCUCCCCGGUACUAACGUCUCUGUGAUCCUUGGGAAAUGAGAUUAGGAUGCAGUGAUAAGCAUUCCUGAGGGCCAGACUGGAGAUUGGACCCUCUGUAGCCAUUGCAGUGAAUAUUUAGUAUGGAACAUCUUCUCUCACCCCUCUUAAGCGCUGCUUGUGCGGGCCUAUACUUGAGUGAGUGUAGGGGAAGAGGGCAGGACUGUCAUCUUGUUCUGCCCUCUCUGUUCCCUGUCAAAACUGCCUGCUGGAGCUCAGCAGGGGUGGAAUUAUUAUCUCACAAGGGCAGAGUUUUCUAUUACCAGUUGUCUGAGCUUCCCAUCUCCCCUGUGUUCCUGGGGCAAGAUGCUGCCUGGAGCAUCUGUCUCCUGCUAACCAGGGUUGAGGACUGGCCGUGACAGGUGGUGGAAGUCAUACAGCUCUGGCCCUUUCAUCCCUCUUGGGGAAAGGAGCAUUUGUGAACACUAAGAUGUUCUUUCCUCUUGUUCCCUGCCCCCUACCAACAGUGCUGCCUCUCUCAGAGUUGUGGAUUGCACCAGCAGCUAUCAGAGCAGGUCCCAGCCCAGGUGUCUUGCAGGUGGCUUCCCCUGCAAGCUGCACAGUUUUGCCCUUUGACUGGAGUAUCUGGGAAGGGAUGCACCUUUCCAUGUUGCCCCUUGUUGUUCUGCUAGGAGAAGCAGGGUCUGAUUUACUGCCUGGAGUUCACCUUUCUUCCUGUAUCCUGAUCGCUGCACUUGUUCAUUCACUUCCUCACAAGCAAUGGCGAGCAAAGAGCUGCUUGUUUCCUCAGCACUCCUACCAGGUCAGGAGCAGCACACCCUGCAACACCAGGCAGUUGGCUCCUGCUUUUCCUAAACCUGUAACUGCUUAAGUAGACACACAGACACUAUGUACCAGGUUUUUUGUGGGCUUGGUAUAAAACUCCUCAUCCCGUGAGCCACCUGGAAAGCAGGACUGAAGUUUGAGCUUUCUCUCCAUCUUCUGUGGCUUUGAUUAAUAGGUUUUUAGCGUGGGGUACUUAUUUUAAACUUCCCCUCUCUUUUAGAGGACAAAACCCCUUCCUCCCUUCCAUUGCAUUUGCAGGCCUCGAUGAUGUCCCAGUGUCACUUAACCAAUGGCUGUUCCCAGUGUUUGCUGCAUUGGAUGGCCGAGAUCUGAAAUCUCAGAAAUUGCCCUUUUGAGAGCCUGAAGAUACUCCAGGCUUGGGGAAGCAUUUUCUAAACAUUAUUUUAAAACAUAUGCUGCAUCUAUAUGCUGUGCAUAGGAUCUGGAUAUUCUCAAAGCUUCCUGUAUGUAGAGGUUUAAAGUAUAACUCUGUUGCACUAGCUGCCUUUGGAGAAGCCUGGAGAAGAGCUAGCACCCAGAUAACAGCCAGCUGCCAUGCAUUAUAAUUUUAUAUAUAUAUUUUUUAUAACACUAAGAAAACCAUCUCUGAGCUUCCUGCACUCCCCUGCAACAGGCCAGCACCAGGACAAGGAUCAGCUCUGAAGCCACUCUGGUUUGGAGGAGCAAAUCCCUAACCUGAAAACCCAGCGCUUGAGACUGAGGGCAUCUCCUGUUCUCUCAAGCAGUUCUGCUUGUGGUAGCCUGAGGCCAGGAGUAGGUCCUCAGAGCUGCUCACUCCCUUCCCUCCUUGCCCUUCCUUUUUGUUUACCGUGUAACAUACCCAUGGGAUUUGUUUAUUAUUUUUCCAUGUAGAGUAGUUCUUUGUAUAUAAACAAUUGAAAAAAAAAAUAUGAUAAAUAAGAAAGAGCCACCUAGUUUUGUACCUAUUGUGUUUAACUGAUGUGAGCUCAGCGACAAGCCGCUCUAUUUUGGUCUUUGUGAAGUUAUACUCUGCAGAAAUGAGCAAAUAUGACGACAAAUAAAAAUAUAGAGAUAAUAUAGAUUGUA